GUCGCUAUAGGGGGCAGUAUAGACCCUGACGUUGAUUUGCAAGCAUCCGGUCACUCCGAGUAGUAGAAGAAGAAGAACAAGAUGGCGGAACGAGGCUACAGUUUCUCUCUCACCACAUUUAGCCCUUCGGGGAAACUGGUCCAGAUUGAAUAUGCACUGGCGGCUGUGGCAGCCGGAGCUCCCUCAGUUGGCAUCAAAGCUUCCAAUGGAGUUGUCCUGGCAACGGAGAAGAAACAGAAGUCCAUCCUGUAUGAUGAGCAGAGUGUCCACAAAGUGGAGCCCAUCACUAAGCACAUAGGCAUGGUCUACAGUGGCAUGGGGCCUGACUACAGGGUCUUAGUGCGACGAGCCCGGAAGUUGGCACAACAGUACUUCCUUGUUUACCAGGAGCCCAUUCCCACAGGCCAGCUUGUCCAGAGAGUUGCCUCUGUAAUGCAGGAGUACACACAGUCUGGUGGCGUGCGUCCAUUUGGCGUAUCGUUGCUGAUCGCUGGAUGGGAUGAAGACCACCCCUACUUGUUCCAGUCAGAUCCCUCUGGUGCAUACUUUGCAUGGAAAGCCACAGCCAUGGGAAAGAACUACGUUAAUGGAAAAACAUUCCUUGAGAAAAGGUAUAACAAUGAUCUGGAAUUGGAAGAUGCCAUCCACACAGCCAUCUUGACAUUGAAGGAGAGUUUCGAGGGUCAGAUGACAGAGGAGAACAUUGAGGUGGGGAUUUGCAACGAGGCCGGCUUCAAAAGACUCACCCCGGCAGAGGUGAAAGACUACCUGGCUGCCAUUGCGUGAACAUGCCCUGCCUGGUGCUGGGGCUCGCUGGCCACAUUUCAAGACAAAGACACAGUAGUAUAGUAGCCAACAGUCCCGUGACGCAUUUUUGUAAACUAUGGUUAAUCUUCUGAAAACAUGAUUAAUAACUUCAUUAUAUUCAAGAUUAUUGAUGUGAGGUAAUUGAAUCUGACUUGUCCAGACCCAUUUACUUAGAUACAGUGUUUGUGUGUGUGUGAAGCUGACCUGGCUACCACCACUCACAACUGCACUGACCAAACUUCAUUACUCAUACCGGCACUUAACUAAUUGGCUUUGUUGUUACUUUUAAUGUGAAAUGUGACAGUUGGCUACUGUGCAUAUGGAAAGGAAUGUGGGGUCUGAGUAAAGUCUCAAUUCUUCUAUUGAAUCCUCCUCAUUACUGCUGCAACAGCAAUACUGUGGUAAUACUGUUGCAGUAUGUACUUAUUCAAAACUCAAUUGUUUGUGACCAUUGCUAAGUGUGACAAAUCACCUCUGGCUCAAAACAUUUUUUUAAAUGGUGACAAGGCUAACGACUAUUAGAGACGAUUAAACAAAAGCCCUUGCCUCACAUCUGUCCAGGGGUGAUUCAUCCAUGAACAUUGACUUGUCCUGCAAAUUUCUGCACUUCAUCUGUGUCCCUCAAUACACUGGGAAGGAUAAUAAACAAAAGAGAGCAAGUGGAAAGGAUACAAUAGAAUAUUAUGAGAAUUUACAGUCAGGAUCUGGUUGGCUGUACAGCAGUUUUACAGUGUACUCUUUUUUUUUUUUCUUUUUUUCUUUCAGGCUAGAAACAAUUCUAGAGUUUUUAUUUUCACCUCUGUAAUCUGUCCCAUUCAAAUAAAAGAAAAUGAGUUUA